ACCCCCGUACACUUCUUUUCUCACGGCUCCACUCGCAUGCUCGAAGCCGAGACAGACGCCGGCGACUACUGGAAGAAAUGCGGUGAUGAAGCCCUCGCUCACAAUGUGAAGGGCAUUAUUAUGAUGGGUGCUCACUGGGCUUGUUUAAAUGAUAAGAUUGAGAUUGCCACAAAUCCCAGCCCAGGCAAAUCCGCUUGCCCAUUCGUCAAUCCUUCUCUGUACAGAGACUGGAAGCCCAACCCUGAUCUGGCUACUGCAGAGCGUUGUAUGUCCAUGCUCAAGGCCGAAGGUUUUAACGUCGGGCCAAACCCGACCUUUGAUUGGAUCCACGACACAUUCCUGGUCUUGAUCAAGAUGUUUCCAGACUUUACUAAAUGCCCACCGGUAACAAUCAUUUCCAUGAACGCACGCUACGAUCCUUGGUAUCAUGUCAAAGUUGGGGCUACACUGCGACCUCUCCGUAAAGAGGGCUACCUUCUCAUUGGCACCGGUGGUGCGGUCCAUAACUUGUAUCGAAACAACUGGAUUGACAUGUUACUUUAUCGGGAGAGUUUAGGCCAAGAGCGACCUCCUGAGUCAUGGGCUCUGGAUUUCAGACAAGCGACCGUAGAUGUUGUGACCCGGAAUCGGGGACCGGCGUUGAGGAAAGCGAUGGUUAGGCUGAUGCAACACCCUGCGUAUCGCGAGGCUCAAGCUACGGAUGACCAUUGGAUGCCAGCAUUGUUCGCUGCUGGUGCCGCUGGCGAUUGGGAAGAUGUAGCCGAACCUAACGUUUUGGCUGCUGAAACCUGGGAGUUGGUCAACAUGUGUAACUCGCAAUUCACAUUUGGGUCGUACCUGGCUGGUAUUGAUCAAAUGAAGAUAGUUGCACAGCAUCAAAAAAACAAGGAGAAACCUCCUCUUCCGAGGAUGGCUGGGAUUGUAGUAUAG